GGUGCCAUGCCCAAACGGGAUCAGCCAAACGCCUUGGGGAUGUCCCAAAAUGGUCAAAGGAUAAUGAAAAAAGUGAGUGCGUGAGAAGAUGCACUGGGCUCAAGGCAAGGAAAGGAAAGGCCAGUGGGCGAUUUUCUUUUUUUGCCCUAGACACGCUGGUGGUCUUUUUUUACUUUUCUCUCUCCUUCAAACAAAUCAAACAUGGCUACGCACCUUCCACUUCACGAAAAGAGGAAAAUUUUACUGUACCUGGGAGCAUCUGACGAAGCCCUAUUUAAAUGGACGCACGAAAAUCUACUCCGUCCAGGAAAAGAUCAUGUUGUAUUACUUGCUUGUGUUCCAAAGGGCGGAAGGCGAAGAUCAUCCACGUCUUCAACCGGCUCCUUUGAUGGAGUGAGACGACGUUUGUCGUUACCCAUGGCUGGUCCUGUCCCCAGCACCAACGGCAGCGCAGCCUCAACCGUCGUUUCAAACAGUGGUCACGAGGCAACCGGAGGCGUAUGGGAGGAUGUGGAUGAAGCAAGGGACACCCUCGAACGGUUUGGCCAUACUUUGAAGCAAGCCGAUAUCACCAACGAGGAACACGUUAUCCCAGGCGAUCCACGUGAACUUCUCCCUCGAUUUGCUCGAGACCAUAGUGGUAUGAAUAUGGUGGUGGCGAGCGAGGCCAGCAAAAAAGUGAAUAUUGGAUCGUCCCUAGGUGAAAAGCUAGCCAAAGAAGUCGGUAGUCAAUGCACGAUCGUCAUGAUUCGAAACCCGCAACAGCUCAGCACAGGCCUUCCUACCAUGGUAAAGGAAGAAUAAUUCUCGAGAUGGUGGAUUCUAUUUUGAAAGC